AUGAAGAAUCACGCUUGCCAAUAUCCAGGCUGCACCAAAAGCUUCACGCGAGCUGAGCAUUUACGUCGCCACGCGCUCAAUCACGAGCAGCCUCGUAAUGGCUAUACAUGUGAGCGCUGCUCCGUCCACUUCCAACGCGCAGAUCUACUAGGUACGGGAGCGGAUAUGCAGUCUCAAAGUAUCACAAUUAUAUCAAUGCUGACCUUUCCGACAGCGCGCCAUAUGGAAAGACACACAAAACGUGAUCUCGAAGCUGGGGGGCCGGGCCAGGGGACGUUGAAAACACGCAAGCGGAUGAGGAGGGCGGAAGAUGGCUCAAUCAUAGUUCGGCCAUCUCAGAGGCAGCUCAGAAAGCCGGUUACCCUGGCUGAGCGAUCUCCCGUCUCUGUGGAUCCCUCAAACCAAGACCCCGGGGAGGAAUACUUCCAAGAUGAUGCCCCGUUAUCGCCACCAGGCUCAGGAACAGACCCGACAUCGAUGUCAAUUGAUGAAACGGAUUCCUUUUUGGCGCCGUUGAUGCCAACGGGUCUUUUUGAACCAUAUGUCGACCCGAUUCCGGGUCAGUUUGAUGCGGCGGAUGGAUCCUACAACGUCGAAUUGGAUGGGAUUGGGGAUUAUUUUGGAAUGGAUACUGCGACCGAUUUCAAUCUUCCAUUCGCCGCAACUUGCAAUUACAACUGGCUCUUCGAUGUCUCCUCGCUCGACGAUGCGUUCAAUCACUUCGAUAUGCCGGUCGCAUUCAGUGCAGCCCCCGUGCCAGAACCAGCCCAUCCCGAUCCUGUCGAGGCUUUCGAAAAGUAUGACGGACCGUCCGCUCUACUAAUGGCCUCCGUUAUGGAUAAGAGCGAGGCGGUUGGGGAAAUGACAACUCCCGCGCUGCCGAAUCUGCCGGACUUGGACUGGAUGUCCGGGUCUACCAUGCUAGAAAGUGAGACCCCGAGCAGAUUACCGAUCAUUUCCGAGAAUGCGCGGCAGCGUAUAUUACAUCUGGUAUCACAAGCACAUCCAACGAGUAUAGACGGGCACCCGACAGCCCCCCAAUCGCCUCUGUUGACACUUCGGGCACUGCAAGACUAUAGCGAUCUGUUUUUCAACCGCUUCAACACGCAAUAUCCUCUUAUUCAUCAGCAUACGUUCGAUGCGAAUGCGGCGGCACCCGUGUUUCUGGCUUCCAUUCUCUUCAUGGGGGCCACAUAUAGCACCCGUGAAGCACACCAAUUGGCCGUGGAAGUGCAUGAUGUUCUGCGUGGUCAAUUACUCUGCCACCCCGACUUCUCUCCGCAAGCUGACCUAUGGGUUCUGCAAACUAUGUUGCUCAUAGACUGCUUUGGGAAGAUGCGAGCCGGACCAAAACAGAGAGAGCGUGCUCAGUUAUUCCACUGUGUCUUGAUCAAGAUGAUCCGACGCAGUAACUGUUGCAACAUUCGAGACUUUUCUGGAUUCGGUGAGGCUGAUGACCUGGACCCUAUUUGGAGACGCGCUAUGGACGAGGAGCAGCGGAAGCGAGUUGCCAUGCACUGUUUCAUGUGGGACACCCAACACGCAGUUUUAUUCUCGCAGUCGCUUUGUAUGUCGGCCUUUGAGAUCAGAUCUUCCUUGCCUUGUGGCCCGGCAGCCUGGGAGGCAUCUUCCGCUCAAGAAUGGGCGCACCAUGCGUCUCGGGAAGAGAACAAGCAGUUCCUAGCAGUUCUCAAGGGAUAUAUCAAUCCAGCUGCCGUCGCGAGACCGCGAGAAAUGAAUGCGCUCGCCCGUAUUGUUGUGCUGCAUGGCUUGAUGUCUGUCUCGGCAGAUUUGAAGCGUCGAGACCAGACAACUCUACGGUCGGAAACACCGGAGCAAGUCGGGGUAUGGACACCACGCAUGGGCCGUUCUUAUGAUUUGUGGAAGGUGGAUUUCGAUGCAGAUUGUUUGGCGAUGAAGAUCGCCCGAACUGCCGGUGCGCGACAAUUGACCGGGCUCAAGAUCUCCGGACAUGCGCUAUACCAUGCUGCUUAUAUUGCUUUGAAUGUCGAAGUCCUAGAUCUGCAGAUCGUUGCAGGUGCUUCACAAAUUCUGGGUCGUGUAGUCACCGAAGCUGAUCAUGCACGCUCCAUGCGCAAUAUUACCAGAUGGCUGCAGGAAGAGAUUGGGUCGUUCUGCAUAACGGCCCGACAGGCUUCGUCUUUACUUCAGAGUGCAGUCUUGGGUCUCCAUGACUGGGACCAGGCCGAUUCUUUCCAUUUCCCAUGGUGUUUGUACUUGUGUACUCUGGUGUCUUGGGUUUUCCAUCGGGGACUCGAUGUCUCUCCAGAGAGCCAAAGACUCAAGACUGAUCUCCCCUCACUCAUUGUGACAGUGGUGAAUUGUUCGAAUGUCGAUGGUUUGGCAGAGAUAUCCGGGAGAUAUUGUCCACGCCCUCUGGUAGCAGCUAUGGCACAGCAAUUGGCGACUGUAAGAUGGGCAGUUGUCCAUGAUGCGAUGAAGGUUCUGGUAGGAUUGUCUUGA